CGGGAAUGAAUUCUCCCGGUGUUGCCGGGAUAAGCUCCGGGUCCAGCUUGACACUGACUGAGAUAAAGCACUAAUGAAAUGAUUGAAUGAAUAUACAGUCCCCUCCAAAACUAUUGGAACGGCAAGGCCCAUUCAUUUGUUUGUGCUGUACAUCAAAGACAUUUGGGUUUGCGAUCAAAAGACGGAUAUGAGAUGAUGGUUUAGGAUUUCAGCUUUUAUUUCUUGGUAUUUACAUCCAGAUGUGUUAAACAACAUAACACAUAGAACCUCUUGUAUCAGACCACCAUUUUUUAGGUGAGAAAAAGUAUAAGAUCAGAAGAAGUCAUCUUGAAGUAAAGUAAAUUACACAUAAUAAUAUUUGGUUGCAUAUUCCUUGCUUGCAAUAACUGCAUCAAGCCUGUGACUCACUAACAUCACCAAAUUGUUGGUUUCGUCUUUUGUGUUUCUUUGGCAGGCUUUUACCACAGCGUCUUUCAGUUGUUUGUUUUGGGGGUUUUCUCCCAUCUGUCUUCUCUUCAGCAAGUGAAAUGCUGCUCAAUUGGGUUAAGGUCUGGUGAUUGACUUGGCCAGUCUAAAUCCUUCCACUUUUCCCCCGAUGAAGUCCUUUGUUUGUCCCUUUGUUCAUAGUCUUCUUCGAACACUUUCAAAUGGUGUAACUAUAGAAGAAUCUUAUAGUUUGGCGUCCCGUCAGUGACUAAACGAUGCUAAGCAGUGGUCUAGCCUGCAGUAUCUUACAAAAACUCUGAGCGUUUAUAAUAGAGAGAAAUUGAAGGUAUACAACUUACAACAUUGUAGUUUGUGGACAUGUUAAAGAUGUAAUGUCUUACGGUUACAACAUCGUGGCACUGAAAGCCGAGGUGCCGCUGAACAAAGGUAGCUAGCUAAACGUGUCCUGUAUAGGCAACUCCUCAGUGAGAACAUGACCUAUCUAUUUAGUGUUAGCCAGCUAGUUUCUUGAUGUAGAUUUUAGGUGAGCUAAUUGUGCUCUUGUUAACACAAUAUAAAUGAGGUAUGUUAGCCAACUAGCAAGCUAAGCCUGCUAGGUUUUUAGUUAGCAUGCCGACGUUACUGAUUUGAUUGUUAGCUACUUAGAGGUGAUGAAAUGCUCACUGCAAAGAUGGAGCUCCUAACCAGGAGUCGUCACUCUAUAAGUAAUUCCAGAUUUAAAGUGACUUCCGUUAGCUAUUAGGGUCUGUGACAUUGUGUAGGAUUAGUGUUUAGUUGAUAAGUGAAUAAUUUUGAUUGAGGAAGGUGUUUAUGUUCCAGUGAAAUCCACGUCUGUGGAACAUGCUGAGUGUCUGUGAUUCAUAGUUUGUCAUGAAUAACACUCAAAUGGGGUCUUAACCGGCUCAUCCUGAUGAGCAACAAGGCUGAGAUGCACUUAGCUACUGAUGAUUAAAAAGCUACUCUUAAGCCCCAGUUCUGAAGUGUCCUCUCAGUAGAUACUCGUUACCCAAGUGGGGUCCCAAAACAUGUCUUCUUUUUCCAAACCGACCUUUUAACCUUCAGGCUAGAAUGAUUGUCUUUUGUCCUGGUGGCAUGUGGCAUUGAGCGGUUUUGUUUUGUAUUUUAUGAGGGUAUUAGCGCAACAAUAGCAAGCUCACUCUGUAGCAGAAAUAAAGAGAGAGCGAGAGGGAGGAAAAUUUGUUCCCCAUCACAAUGGCUCAGUUAAAUCAGCACUAAAUAACGCACAUGAUCGUCAAAACUCGGUCCACAGACAGCAUAAUGAAAGGCAUCGUAAACAAUCGGCACUGUAAACAUGUGUUCAUGUGAAAUUUAUUAUACAGGACAACGACCCUAAGCACACAGCCAAGAUAACAAAGGAGUGGCUACAGAACAACUCUGUGAAUGUCCUUGACUGACCCAGCCAGAGCCCAGACUAGAACCCGAUUGAACAUCUCUGGAGAGAUCUGAAAAUGGCUGUGCACCGACACUCUCCCAUCCAACCUGAUUGAGUUUGAGAGGUCUUCCAAAGAAGAAUGGGAGAAACUGCCCAAAAAUAGAUGUGCCAAGCUUGUACCAUCAUUCUCAAAAAGACUUGAGGCUGUAAUUGGUGUGAAAGGUGCUUCAACAAAGUAUUGAGCAAAGGCUGUGAAUACUUAUGUACAUGUGCUUUUUAUUUUUUUUAUUUUUAAGAAAUUUGAAAAGAUUUCAAACAAACUUCUUUCAUGUUGUCAUUAUGGGGUAUUCUCUGUAGAAUUUUGAGGAAAAUAAUGAAUUUAAUCCAUUUUGGAAUAACAUAACAAAAUAUGGAAAAAGUGAAGCUCUGUGAAUACUUUCCAGAUGCACUGUAGCACAGGGGGAAUCUUAUCAUAAACACAGUUUUCCUAGCCCCACCCCAGUUCCUCUUGGUACCCAAUUUGAUUAGGAACCAAAAAUCAUCGGCUGUACUGUCUGUACCGGUUGUACCGGCUGUAUCGUCAGUACCGGUGGCUAAUGGGAAAAAAAUGUGCUGCUUUUUUCUUUUCCUUUUAGAAGUUUUGGUACUUUUGCAAUGGCUGUGUUGUGUAUUGAUGCUGCUAAACCACUCAGAAUUUCACUUCACCAAUUCACCAGAAUUUCAGGACAUGAUGUCACUGUGUUGCUUCUGGUUUGUCCAUAUGUGACAGUGACUCUAUUCUGCGUCCUCCACACCUCCGUGUUCCACUGUUUCACUCUCACCCUGCUUUUCUCAUUUCCUCCUCGUCUCCUCGUCUCCUGACUCUGCUGUUUCUCCACACUCUUAAUCGCUCCUGGCAGCCUGCUUCUGCCAGCUGCUUUCCUGGGGCUCAAACUGAACACACGUGUGUGUAGGUGUGUGUGUGUGUGAGAGAGAGAGAGAGAGAGAGAGAGAGAGAGAAAGUGUGUGUUUGGUGUGCACUUGUGGGGUUUUUUCAGGGAGAUGCUCCUUGCUUUGGGAAAUUCACAUCACAGUGUUGGAAGUGGCUCGAGGGAGGAUUUGCAAAUGCGCACACAUACACACACACACACACACACACACACACACACACACACACACACACAUACGUACACAGAGUGAGGUGAGGACCAAGAGAAGCUGCUUUAACUUUCAUAACCAUGGCGGAGGUCAUGCAGGUGGUGCGGGAGCAGAUCACACGGACCCUGUCCAGUAAACCCACCUCACUGGAGCUCUUUAAGAACAAAGUGAACGCAUUAAACUACAGCGAGAUCCUCAAACUGCGCCAGACAGAGAGACUGCACCAGGAGGAGACGCUCGCACCACCCGUGCUCGAGCUGAAAGAGCGUCUGAAGCCAGAGUUGUUGGAGCUGAUCAGGCAGCAGAGACUGAAUCGUCUGUGUCAUGGCACUCUGUUUCGCAAAAUCAGCAGCCGCCGGAGACAAGAUAAAUUAUGGUACUGUCGGCUGUCCCCUAACCACAAAGUCCUGCACUAUGGAGACGUGGAGGAGGACACUGAGACGCCAUCCAUCGAGAGUCUGCAGGACAAGAUUCCUGUGGCAGACAUUAAAGCCCUGCUGACCGGAAAAGACUGUCCUCACAUGAAAGAUAACAAGGGCAAGCAAACCAAGGAGAUGUUGGAUCUGGCGUUCAGCAUUACGUAUGAUGUUGAGGAGUACAGCUUGAAUUUCGUCGCCUCCUCCAGAACAGAUUUUUGCUUGUGGACGGAUGGGCUGAACGUUCUGCUGGGGAAGGAGAUGAGCAGUGAGUCCAUGCGCAGUGAACUGGAGAUCCUCCUCUCCAUGGAGAUCAAGCUCCGCCUCCUGGACCUGGAGAACGUCCCCAUUCCCGACUCUGCCCCUCCCGUCCCUAAACCGCCCAGCAACUUCAACUUCUGCUAUGACUUCAGCCAGGCGGAGCAUUAAGGCCAGGCGACGGGGCGUGACGUCCUACACCUCCUGCUCCAUCCACGAGAAAAACUCUGCGGGUGAUUUGUGAUGGAGCCGAGCGGCAGCGAGUGUGAAGACUGGGGUUUGGUAUUUUGGACAUGUUACCAGACAGAAAAGCCCACUGACUGAAGAGGUUCUGAAAGAGGUUUCUUUUGAGAGACAGUUAAUUUCAAGGCAUUGUGAGGGUGUUUAAUUAUAUAUAUAUAUAUAUAUAUAUAUAUAUAUAUAUAUAUAUAUAUAUAUAUAUAUAUAUAUAUAUAUAUAUAUAUAUAUAUAAAUCUAAACUGUUUUUUUCCCUUUCCUAAUGGUACUGCACUCAUCUAAUUUCUUCAUUUAAACUUGUUUGAUUCUGUCUUACUUCCUUUAUUCCCCCUUAAACUGGACUGCACGAAGGUACGCCAAUGCCCCAUUUGUGUUGUGUAGGUUGGAAAAUGGGUGAUUUCCUCAAAUCAACACAAACAAUCAAGGCAUAAAUGUUAUAGCCUGACCGUAGCAUAGACACAGGAACAUCACACUUUAAUGCGUCAGUUAGAUCCGAUCUACUUUGACUGAGAAAGUGCCAUGUUCUGUAAAAUAUAGCUGUUUCAUUACAAAAUUAUCGUGUUCACGUUAUAUAGGAAUUACGGUCGUUACAAGGCGACGGCUCGGAGGUUCUACUCGGAAAUGUGUCUUUACUGUGGAAAUACGCGCAACAGCAUCUGCCAACUGUCUGCCAAACAGAAAGCAAUAUUCUAAAAAUAAUAGUAUACAACUAUACAAUUGGUACUUGAUAAUAAUCAGGAAUGUUUAAUGGACCUGGGUUGAGUUUAAAAGCUCCCGUUUUCAGUUCACGUGAUGUUACACAUUUCCCAACAAGUAGUUACACUCUUAGGAAAAAAGGUUCUUCAAGGGUUAUUUUACGGUCCAUUUAGAGGGUCAUUUAAGGGUUCUUUCAUUUGUUCUUUCAUCUUCAGUAAGUGUUUAAUCCUGGUCAGGGUUGCGGUUAUUCUGGAGGAUACCGGGAACACUAGGCUUGAGGUGGGAAUACACCCCGAAUCAGAUGCCGGUCCGUCGCAGAGCAUCACACACACACACACUCACUCACACCUUGCGUAGCCAGUCCACCUACUGGCACCUCUAGGAGGAAACUGGGGUACCUAGAGGAAACCCACACAGGGAGAACAUGUGAAACUUCACAUAGACAGUAACCUGAGCUCAGGAUCGAAUAAAGGUUCUUAGCUUAAAAAAAAGGCUUCUACUUGGAAACCCUUUUCUAAGAUAAGAACACUCUUAUUACCCUUAAGCGUUUUCUAAGAUCGAAGUUUGCCGUAGACAUGAGCACUUUUUUUUUUUUUUUUUUUUCUCCCCCCCAGGUGUUGUAAUUACCGUAAUUCCAACAUGAUGUGAACACACUGGCUGCAUCAGAAUAUCCAUACUACGCUACUAUUACUACUACUACUACUACUACUACUUCCUCUGAGAUUCUGCAGUGGACACUGCACUAUCCCAUAAUGCGGCAGGACUGGCACGGAAGAGCUUUCAGAAUCAAAAAUGGCAGAAGGCUGCGUGUGGGCGCAAUGUUGUAGGUCAUGUGACAAUGCCAACAUGGCGGAUGUAGUAUGUACAGAUUAUAUACACAUAUACUGAUCAAUACGUACUGUAUCAACAGCCGAGCAGUAGGUGCUGUCACAGUACACGAUUUCGCCACUGUUAAUGAUUGACCUGUGCUAAAAAUAAAAUUUCACAGAUUCCUUAGAAAUUUUUUUUCCACAAUAUUGCUAUGCAAAGAAUACGCCUAUUUUUUUUUUCACUUUAAGAUUCUGUUCACAUUUUUUUUUGGCCCUGAAAUUAGCCCCGCCCCCACCCGGAAACCAAAGCUGCUCAGCUCUGCCUGUAUUCCUUAAAUUACCUUAAAACUGACGAUUUAAAACUCACAGCAAAUUAUUUAUAGUAUGGUCAUGGUCAUCUUAAUGCUUUUAUUGCAAUUCACCCUGCAGACAUUGCAAACUGAUAGUUUUAGGGGAAAUGUUUUCAGGGAAAAUUUCCCAAGCUCGAAGUAAGAGUUUCUUUAAACAUUCAAUGAUAUACAAUAUACUAAAAAGCGUGAAUAUUACCUGAUGGUAGUAAAUAUGCAAUAGUUUACACUUUGACGAGGCACUGAAAUGGUUUUUAUUUUCUACAAAAUCUAACAAUAUUGUGUAAUUAUUGUGUGAGCAGCUAUUGUGGUGGAACAAGACUUUAAUAUUAACAACUGGCACGAACAGAGAAAUGUUUUUUUCAGUAACUGGUACAUGAGGUACUUGGCACAUAAUAAUAAUAAUGAUAAUAAUAAUAAUGGUGCAUUUUGUGACAUGUCUUAAAAAUUUCAGAAAUAAUAGAGGUCACAAAUCAUACAAAAUGAUCUUUAAAGCACCGCUGUAGAUCUGAGCAACAAUUGUUUUCACUGUUUUCAUUUUAUCUUGUAAGGACAAUAGAAUGUUGUUAAUAAAGGCAUGGUGCUUAACACAAACAGGUAUUUAGCUAUACAACAACUCGACAAACAAAAUUAAUCAUGUGCAGCAGUUCUGUAAAUACUUUAAUGUGAAGAUUCUUCCAAAAUAAUGACAUACAUUAAAAAAAAGAGAAAGAAACCAGGUCAACGUGAUGAACCUUCAUCUUCGUAACAUCAUCAAAUCAGUUGUUUAUUUUAAGCAUCUUACUUUCCUUAAUAUUUCCUUAAUAUCUUUCUGAUUUCAUCAGCAAACACGGUACACUCUGUAAAACAAACGCCUGGAAAUCAUUUUGAGAAUCAGCUCUUCUGUAAAUCAGCACAUUAAUACAGAACCCAAAUAAUCAUAUGAACUUAAAUGAAGUACAUAUGAACUACAUCAAGAAAUGAGGGUACCUGAAUAAAUAUUUUUGCACAGUCCUGUUUUAUUUAAAGAUAGUUUGACUAAAGUUUUAAGUGCUAUGGGAAAUCGUUUAAGUCCGGUGUGGGAUCAUCAUUAACGGUUUCAGUGGAAUUAAGCUGCUUUCACACUUUUUCCUCAACCAUUAGUGCAAGUUUUACCAGAAAAAGCUGUCCCGAGACAUAAAUUGCUCAACUUUUCAGGUGGAAAAAAAAAAAAAAAAGU